AUGAGCUCCUAUUCUCUGAACUCAUUCUGCGGUCGCUAUCCAAAUGGCGCGGACUACACGUUACAUAACUAUGGAGACCAUAGCUCGAAUGAGCAGUACCGGGACCCUUCAGGGAUACAUUCCGGCAGGUAUGGCUAUGGCUACAAUGGGAUGGACCUUAGUCUCGGGCGCACCAACACAAGUCAUUUCGUCUCUUCAAGUGACCGAGCUCGGAGCUACGCACAGACUACGACGGCGACGCCUGUCGAUGCCCGGUACAGUCAAUCGGUCACCACGAGCGCAGCCGUAUCGCAAGCCCCUUCCCCUGACCGCUCACUUGCAUGUUCCUCCGCCGCCAGCUCUCCCGUCAGAGAGUCCUCACACCGCACGAUAAAAAGCUCGCUCCCGAACCCCACCUCCGGUUCGAAAGGCAGUUCCUUGAGGAUGGGUCGAGAGGGCAUCUCCAAUACUUCCAACAGUAUGGAGGAAGAAAAGCCGACGGGAAGCGCGCAGACAAGUUCACAGAGUGUAUCCGAGACACCCCAGCCACAGAUAUACCCAUGGAUGAGGAAACUUCACAUAGGUCAUGACAGCUUGGUCGGAUCAGAGGGAAAGAGAGCAAGGACAGCCUACACGCGCUACCAGACCCUCGAGCUCGAGAAGGAGUUUCACUUCAACCGCUACCUGACGCGCCGCCGGCGGAUUGAGAUAGCACACGCGCUUUGCCUCUCUGAAAGACAGAUCAAAAUUUGGUUCCAAAAUCGAAGAAUGAAGUGGAAAAAGGACAAUAAGUUAAAAAGCAUGACUAUGGCGGCAGCCGGCGCGGGAUACCGACCCUGA